AUGGACGAGAAGAACUGUAUGCCUUAUAGGGUGAUUCACGAGCAAUCGAAUUAUGCCAAGGAGAAUUUAUUGAAGCGAGUGCGCAUUGAUGCCGAGACGCUUUCAGCUAUGGCAAUUUUGAAAUGGUGCAACGGAUUGAUGGUGCGCGACGUUGGCGACGAUCGUUUCGAGAAUAUCAAACCCGCUGAUAUUAUUAUGACGGCCAAUGGCAAAAAUGUCCAUCUGCUCGCCGAUUUGGACAACUUGACCGGCGACGUCGAGCUGUGCCUCUACCCGGCGCCGAUUCACCUAUUGCCAACCGUGUUCGAUCGCCUCAUCGACGACGCCUACAACUCGUCGACGGACGCCGCGAAUCCGACGAGACGUCGUCUGACGAUUCAUCUGAAUCGCGACGACGUCGUCCAGGAGCUUCGACGCGACGGCGAUUGGGCGCUGGUGCGCAAAAUUGGCGAUCUGUCGCAAGUCGGCCACGUGCCGAUCGGCCGCCUCGCUCGCGUCGCCCUCACGUCGCCGUUCGCCGUCAACGUGCUCGUGCUCGUCGGCGCCAUCGGAAGCGGCCGACGCACGUUGAAGCGAAUGCUUCUGCGCACCGCGCCGCACCUCUUCACCACCGUUGUGCCAGUGACGAGUCGCGCGCCGUCGCCCAACGAAGUCAAAAAUCGCGACUAUGCGUUUCUGAGGAAGGAGGAGAUCUUGGCGAAGAUACGAAAUAAUGAGAUGGUCGAAUAUGGCUAUUUCAAUCAUCAACUUUAUGGCACCACGAUCGAAUCGGUGCGGCAGAGUAUGCGAGAAGGUCGCCUGGUGGUUAUCGACGGCUCGCCGAAUUGUUUGGACGUUUUGUGCGGCGCCGAUCGCGACGAGUUCAAACCAUUCGUUGUGCACAUCACACCACCGCCGCUCGACGAGUUUGUCCAUUUGGAGAGUCUCAAAGAAGCGUCGAGGAGUCUGACAACGCUGGAGAUGAUAACACGAGAUAGCGAGAGCAUUGCACAAUUGUGUCGGGGUCGAAUUGACGUCACGUUGGUCAAUCGAAAUGUCGAUGUGACGUUUAAACGAUUGAUCGAAGCUCUCGAAGGUGUUCAAAUUUGA